GUCGUCUGCAGUGAUCAGUUAAUGAGCUCUACAAGAUCAAAGAAUUCAGAGCAAAGAAUUAAACCUGGACAAAUCAAAUCAGCAACAUGACUGAUGAGAAUACAACAUACUACUAUGACCCAUACUAUGAAGACCAGCUGUGUCGUAAAGAGGUGGGGGUGAAAGACGCAUCCGUUCCACUCCUUUUCACAGCAGUGGUUGUGUGGAGCUGCAUCUGUGACAUCCUCGUUCUGGUCAUCCUUGCACUCUACAAAAGCCUCAGAUGCCUGACCAAUGUCUUCAUCCUCAAUUUAUCUGUGUCAGAUCUGCUGUUCACUUCUGGACUGCCAUUUUGGGCCACAUAUUACACCUCUGGUUGGGUAUUUGGAGAGGUUGGCUGUAAAGCCGUUAAGUUUCUCUUCUAUGUUGGCUUUUACAGCAGCGUGUUGUUCUUGACUCUGAUGACCGUUCAGCGUUACAUGGAGGUGGUUCAUCCUCUGUCCGACUGGGAGAGAUGCAGAGGCCUUUCAGUCUCUCCUUUCAUCGUUUGGAUCCUGAGUGGAACGGUUGCACUGCUCGGUUCACUUCAUAGCAAAGUCAUGACAGAAUCUGGCAGCCUAUACUGUGAAUAUGGCAGUCUUGAAUGGAAAUCUAGCAUUGCUUAUUUUCAAAAUGCUUUUUUUAUCAUUGCAUUUGUAAUCAUGGGUUACUGCUAUGCCAGAAUGCUUCUCACUAUUAUAAAAUCACAGACUAAUACGAGACACAAGACUGUUAGACUAACCUUUUUUAUCGUGCUGGUGUUUUUUAUCGGUUGGGCUCCAUAUAACAUUGUCAUGUUCUUAAAAUCUUUUACCACAGAGCCGUUCACAAACUGUGAAGUAAAAAAAAGGCUGGACUAUGCUGAAUAUUAUGCAUGCCGAAUUUUAGCUGUUACACGCUGUUACAUAAACACUAUUGUGUUUUUAGUUUUUGUAGAUGCAAGGUUCCAUAAUAGUUUACGAGCAAUUCCAAGAAGGUUUCAUGAAAAGAUUUAAGUCUACGAAUAAUGAAAAAUGUCUCAGAACUAUUAAUUAUUUUGAUUUGUUCUACUUGGUAAGAUAAGAGAGACUUGAGAUAAAAAAUAAAUAAAUAAAUAAAUUUGAUUCCUUAAAGGAAUAACCUCGUUCACAUAAUGAUGCACAAUGAAAAUGGAAGAUGACACACAGGGUAAAUCAUGUAUGUCUAAAUAAACAGUUUUAUAUUGAUGCUUACUGUCAGGU